AUGCAGUGUUUGGAGUGGUUGCUUAUGGAAGGGGAGCUGGAAGAGGAAGAAGGGGAGGAGGGGAGCGGGGAGAGAGGAGGGAUGACAAUGGCAGUGCAAAAAUCGGUGGUGGUGAGGAAUUGGGGAGGGAAGAAGGAGAAGGAGGAGGGGGAGGAGGAAGAGGAGGAGCAAGAGAAAGAGGAGGAGGAGGAAGGGGGAGAAGAAGGGGAAGGGGAAGGGGAAGGGGAAGGGGGGGGACAAGGGCAUGAGGAUGGGAUGGAGUUGAUUGGUGAAGAGGAGGAAGAAUCAGGUGGAAAGGCACCUGGUAAUGCUGAGGAGGAGAAUGGAGAAGAGGAAAAAGAGGAGGAGAAAGUGGAAGAGGAAAAAGAGGAGGAGAAAGUGGAAGAGGAAAAAGAGGAGAAAGUGGAAGAGGAGGAUGAGGCGGAGGAGGAGGAACAUGAGGAAUACGAUGAGGAGGAAGAGGAUGAGGAUGCAUUAGAAGAAGAGGAAGAGUGUGAGGAGGAAGAGGACGAAACGGAUAUCGAUCUGGGCGGCACAGACCCACCAACACACCGGGCCUCAUCACAUGACUCCCCAUCACACGGCAAGUGGAACAAGGGAGGGGGUGAGGAGAGCAAAAGGAGCAGGGGGAGAGGAGCGGCGAUGAGUUGGCGCAUUCGGCAGCUAGUGAGGCACGGGCUGGUGGAGUGGUGGGAGGAGAGGGGGGCAGCAGGUCCACUUGGUUCUUCUGCUGGUAACCCUGUUCUCGCGCCUGCUGUGGUUACAUCCAUCGGUGCGGUUACUCCGAGUGCUAUGGUAACAUGCGGCGGUGGUGGGGUAACAGCAUCGGGUGAGUUUCCUGCUGCCUGGUUGGGUCAUUCGCAACGGUUGAGAGCGAUUCUGGUGACGAGCGGUGACGUGCUUAUGGCGAGCGGUGCACUAGAGGGGGCUGCCAGCUCCGGCGUUCUCCCGAACCUGGAGCCGCCGUUUGAGGCUGCGAGGAGGUUCGGCGCAGGCCUGGGCUGGGCGUUUGGUCUGGAUGGAGGUUCGGUUGGCCCAGAUUCGGACGAGAGAGCGUGGGAGAUUGAUGGGGCUGGAGGGGUUAGAGGGGAAGGGGACGAUGCAGAAAUAGAGGAAAACGGAAGGGAGGUGGGAUCUGGUGCUGGUGCUGGUGUUGGUGGUGGUGCUGAGGUGGGUGCAAUAGCACAGUUGCAAAAGGCUGCAAGCAAUGCCCUGUUGGGAGAAGCAGAAACACUGACAGUUGCAAGGAUACUGGGAGCAGAAACGCUGACAGGUGCACAACAGGAGGCAGAGGCAGUUGGGGUGGGAGCUGCUGGGGCAAGUGGUGGGUCUGUUGCUACUUCAGGAUACUAUUGGGCAGCUUUGAAACAUUCAAUUGCCCUGAUCUGA